AUGACUUUCUACUCGAAUAGUGGAAGCUACACACCGGGUAAAGACAUGAAUGUCGAUGAGGUAAUGAGAGGAUGGCAGGAUAGAUAUUGCACUUUCAAUGAUGUGCGGAUAUGUGUGAGCACGUUUAACGUUAAUGGACGAAGCCCGCCGUCGGUUCUUCCCACUUGGUUUUCACACGAUAAAAAAGAUUUAUGCGAGUUUUAUGCGAUCGGACUACAAGAAAUGGAUUUAUCGGUGGGGACUUAUUUAAUUGAUAAUACAAAGAAAAUGGAUGAAUGGUGUGAAGCAAUUCGAGCAUCUUUACCACUUGGCAGAAGUCAUUAUCGAGUUGUGUCCUCAAUGCGACUUGUUGGAAUAUUUGUCAUAGUUUUUCAAUCGCUUCAAAGUCAUAUCCAAGUGUCUCAUGUGGAAACAAAUCAUGUUGCUACGGGUAUUUCUGUGCUUAUGAACAAACUUGGAAAUAAGGGCGGCACUGCAAUAUCGAUGAAAAUGAAUGACUCAUGGGUCUGCUUUGUGAAUUCCCAUUUUGCCGCGGGAAACAAUGAAUUAGAAAGGAGGAAUCAAGAUUUUCGUGAUAUCUCACAAAUGACAUUUGCCGGCUCAUCUCGUACAAUUUUCGAUCACGACGUCAUUUUUUGGUUUGGCGAUUUGAAUUACCGCCUGAAUUCGGAGUACGCUGGAAUUUCCAAUGAAGAAGUCCGACUUGUAGCGAGUAGUCAGAAUUUUGGGAGACUUCUCGAUUAUUGUCAAUUGCGUGAACAAAUGUCACGCGGUCAAGUAUUUAAUGGAUUCGUGGAACCAAAAGUAUUCGGAUUUCGUCCGACUUAUAAGUAUGAUGUUGGGACUUGUGUGUGGGAUACCAGUGAGAAGGGACGAGUGCCGGCAUGGACAGAUCGCAUAUUGACAUGGAAGCAGGAUUCGUUUGUGAAGUUGGAUAUUGUAAGACCGAUGGAAUCUGUAGAGUCGAUAUCAAUUUCCGAUCACAAACCUGUUCGUGCGAUAUUCAAUCUGAAAGUCAAAUUGAUCGACGAGGAAAAACAAAAGGCAUUGUAUGAGGAAGCGAUUCGAGAGGCUGAUAGACGAGCGAACGAGUUGUUGCCGCAGAUAAAGCUUAGCUUGAACGAGGUUGAUUUCGGCGAAGUCAAUUAUCUUGAUCCUACAACACGUUUAAUUACGGUCACAAAUGUCGGAAAAUCACAGGUUCGAUUCAACUUUAAAAUCACACCGGCUGGCAAAGGAAUCUGCGCCAAUUGGCUUCAGGUCACCCCUCCGCAUUACGCCAUUCCAACCGGACAAUCUACACAGAUCUCGAUUACUGUGUCGAUUAACACGAAAACACUACGCGAGCUUGUUGGCAAGAAUCCUGUUCUUCAGGACAUUUUGGUAUUGCAUUUAGAGCAUGGAAGGGAUUACUUUAUACCAGUUUUGGCCAAAUAUAACGCCAAGGUUUUUGGAUCAUCUCUUGAAAAAUUAUUGAACAAUAAACCGAAGAAGGAGGAGAACCUUAUUGAUUUUGGAGAUGAUGUCAUUGAAGAUUUCGAUGAAACUUGUCCUCCACACCUUCCAAAGGAGAUUUACCGAUUAGUGAAUGCUUUGAGAUCGACUGGAGCCGCGAAAAUCAAUUUGUCGGAGCAUUCCGAUAAUGCGGACUUUAAUCGAGUUCGUAUAGCUCUCGAAACGAAUCAUCCAAAGGAUUUGAACGGUUUUGCAUCUCCAUUUACACUUUACAGCGCUCUUAUUCGAUUAUUAGAUACUCUUGAAGAUCCAGUAGUUCCAUCAGGAAUGGACGGAAUAAUUCAUUAUGAGUUCAUUCGAUCAGCUAGAGAUGCUACAGCAUUAUGGAAAGUCGUUGCCACUGUGCUGCCGAGAGAAAAUCAGAAUGUUCUCGAAGUGGUUUGCAUGAUGCUUCGAGAGUUCAUCAGUCAGAGUGUUGCCUUCCGAGAGCAACUCCACCUUUGGUCCCAAAUAUUGUUCCGCUAUCCACCGCAAUCUGUCCAACUUCAGUCUGCUGUCGAUCCGCGUGUCACUGCCCUUCAGACGUUGUGCGAAUAUGGAAAAGACGCAGUUUUAAUGUGA